AUGUGGCGAAAAACCCGGUCCAGAAUACCUGGCAGCCGGUGUGUCGGCGUCGAUCCCAACCGAAACUGGGAUGCCGGCUUUGGAGGGCCUGGCGCCAGCGAUGACCCCUGUUCCGAUUCCUACCGCGGACCCAGCGCCAACUCGGAAGUCGAAGUCCGCUCGGUGGUGGAUUUCGUCAAGAGGCACGGAAACAUCAAGGCUUUCAUCAGCAUCCACAGCUACUCCCAGCUCCUCAUGUACCCCUAUGGCUACACAUGCGCCAAGGCCAAAGACGGGGCAGAACUGGACACGGUGGGAAAAUCAGCCGCCAACGCCUUGACCUCGCUGUAUGGCACCCGGUAUAGAGUCGGGCCCAUUUGCUCCGUCAUUU